GAGGACUCCCACCUCGACGUGCGCAUCCCCGACGAAGAACGUAACGAUCGAAGCUACAGCCAGCGCGAAGAGGACCUGUUCUCCCGCCGCGACGCCUUCGUCCGCGCCGCCCACGCCGCGCUCGACGCCGCCGCCGACGCCCGCGUCACCAGGCUCACCUUGCGCGUGGAGGACCCGAAAGGCGAUGACACCUACAAGUUCCUUCACAGGACCAGACAUUGGCGCAGUGAGCAUGGGCACGACGUGAUCGGCGGCCUGGUCUCCCACCCGGCGGCGCGCCGCGUGAAGGAGCUCCGCAUCGCCGCCGUCGGUGGCAGGGAAAGAGCCUCUAGCAACGACGAAGAGCCCGACAGCCGACCGUUCUACAUGGCAGGGAGGAUGUACAUCCUUGGAUCCCUGCCAUUGAAGGCCCUUCGCGUGCUGGACGUCACCCGGUGCAGCGACCUCUCGCCGCCGGCGCGGACGCCUUCCCGCGUCUGGAGACCCUGCCGGCUGCGGCACUGCUCGCUGAAGUCCAGCGACAUCCAGGCACUCAUGGACGCCGCGCCGGGGCUCGCCAGCGUGCACCUCGAGUCCGUCUUCUUCAAGGGGUUUCGCGCCGGGUCGGGAGAAGCGCCUGGCGUCUGCCUCCGUUGCCGGGCGGUCACCGAGCUGGUUCUGGAGCUCUGCGGCAUGGAGGGGCAAGAAGACGACGGCGGCGACCGAGGCUCCGUCGAGUUCGACGCGCCAAGGCUGCGACACUUGAGGUACAAGGGCACCGAGCGCCGCCUCUCCCUGACAUCGCCGGCGCCGGACAUGGCGGUUCUGGAGCUGCACUUCGUCCAGUGCCGCUACCACUACCAGAGCCGCGAUUACGACCCGGACAAGACGCGAGUGCUGUUCUGGCAGUCCGUCCGGAGCUUCACCAACGCCAGGGUCCUCAAGCUCAGGGUCAACAGCCUCAAGGACAUCGCCGUCGGCAAGGCGAGGCGAGGCAAGCUCCUGUGCACGUUCCGCGACGCCGUGCGCCUGGAGCUGGAAGGCGCGCAUCAUCCCACCACGAGCAAGGCGGCGGCGGUGGCCAUUGCCAACCUGCUCCGCUGCUGCCCUGCUGUUCGGGACCUCAGGCUGAAGCUCAGCGCUGUGCCAUCUAACUCUGUCAAGAAUUCUGAUUACGGACCGGCAUUCUUGGAAAGGAAGGACCGGCUGGACUACGAAAAAUCAAUCGGCCGCUUCAUGCGCCUCAGAUUGAAUCCAGUGAUUUCCUUGGAUGGUAAUGACGAACAUGAUGAGGUUCCUGAUGAUGACAUACCUGGCUUGAGUGGGCACUCGCUCAUCUGCUUGGAAAGUAGCCUGAGAAGAGUUGGCCUGCAGUUUCGCCUGGAAAAUAAUUCAAGCUGCUUUGGAACCCGGCUGGUAAAAUUCUUCACCGGCAAUGCAAAGGUUCUUGAAGAGAUGUGUUGACAGCGGCAACCGGAAACUAUGCGAGCACUGAGCACAUGAAUCUCAAUGUCGAGAGAUGGAUUGCGCCUACCUCAUCAAAGGUUUGCUUGAAACGCAAGAAUCUUGCAGAAAGCUCAUGGGAAUUUUCUGAAAAUCCUAGAAAAUCCCCCAGUUCCAGAACAGAUCUCAAUAGGCUUCCCACCAGAUUUACACUCUUACCACUUGAAAGGUGAAUCCAGAUCAAUUGCGAGUUUUGAUGCUUAAACAUAUGGAGUUCUGGAUUAACAUAUGGAUUGGAAUAACAAGCUGUCCAUG